AUGUUUCUGCCCGAAACAGCGACGUUUUGCAUAACCCUUUUAAUCUAUGGGGCCAUUCUGCUGCUCCUUAUUUACUAUGUGUUGACACUGGCUGACCUGGAGUGUGACUAUUUGAACGCCCAGGAGUGUUGCCGGCGACUCAACUUUUGGGUCAUACCCAAGUUCGGAUCCCACGCCCUGCUCUGCGUUCUUCUACUGCUGGGCGGUCACUGGAUAAUGUUCCUGCUCAAUCUGCCGAUGGUGGUAUGGUUGUUUUACGAGAUGCACCGCCAGCGACGCGACAGCCUCGGCGUCUACGAUCCAGUGGAUAUACACAGUCGUGGCCUGCUGAAGGUCCAUUUGAGGAAUUGUAUGAUAUACCUGGGUUACUACUUCGUCAUGUUCUUUGUGGCGCUGUACUGCCUCAUCUCUUCGCUGAUCAAGGGGGAUCCCAUCAAGCGGUAUGAGGAUGAUGAAAUAGUCACGGAUUUCUGAAGUUUAGCCAAAUAAGCCGGCUCCCAAAGGGCUUCCAGCGCAAUAAUGAACCCUACAGCUCAACUAUUAAACCUUCACCUGGUCUUUGGUUCCGAACAAUUACUUUCGUAACUAAUUCGGAAUCAAAUCCAAUGCAGACUGGUUUACUUUUACUUUCCAAAAAUUAUUAAUUAGAACAUAUUUAUUUUU